ACGGAAGCGCCGAAGUUAAGUAGCAGGGCAUUGUGGGAGAUGAAGUACGGCGGCUAAGUUGUUUAGCAGCCGGUGGCUAAGUAAAAGGCAGACUGUCUGUUUAUCUGAACUUCUGCUGUGGCUCUAACGUAGUCUACGAGCCUACAAUGUGAUACAGGCUGCGCACAGAUGGCGUAGAGCGAUGACUGAGGAGUUCGACGAAGAUGUGGUAUUUGAGAACUCUCCUCUUUACCAGUACCUGCACGAUCUAGGCCACACAGACUUCGAGGCAUGUCCAACGUCAAAGGAGGAGGAGGAGGAGGAAUAUGGACUGGAGGGCGACUUCGCGUCCGACAGAGAACGGCAGAAAACCUUAGGAGGACGUCUGUGGAGGUUGGCUGAGGCCGUGUGGAGAUGGAGCCCCAUCAAGGAGGCGGCGGUGCCACAGAAGCUGCAGCAGCAGCUGGACUGCGUGUUCGGUCAGUACUCGGUGAAAUGCAUCCUGGACCAGGACGUUCUGCUGCAGGAGGACGUGGAGCUGAUCGAGCUUCUGGACCCCAGUCUCCUUGCACUGGCCUCCUCCUCUUCCUCCUCCUCCUCCUCCUCCGGUUCACCGAGCCGAGUGAGAAACCUGCCCAGACCCAGCCUCAUGGCCAAGCCCUCUCUGUGGGACAUGGCGGCUCUGGUCGGCCUGGCUUCGGUUCUCCUGGGUCUCUGCUCCUCAGCUGAGGGCCUCCUGUGGUCCCUGGCAGUGACCCCCUGGAGCCUGGCACUGCUUGGCUGGAUGGGAGUAAAGGGGGCCACACUGUGGAGAUUGGGACGCCUGCAGACGGCCGUCCACGCUAGGGCCACGCAUCUGCAGAACCUGGUCCACAACAGUAAGACUCUGACGGGUCUGUCCCGUAAAGCUCUGAGACUGGUGCAGGAGACAGAGGUGAUCUCCAGAGGCUUCACCCUUUUGCUCGACAGGGUGAGUGCGGCCGGCUCCUUUAGCAGGGCGGGGCCAGGGGUGGUGCCACGGGGUCAGCAGCUGAUGGGACUCAGGAAGGUCUUGUACCGGUCUCUCCGCUUGGCCUUCAGAGCCUCCAGAAGAGCCACCUGCCACAUGCUGAAGGAGUUUCCUCUGAACUCUGAGAUCGACAAUGUCAGCAACUACGUGUCAGCGAUUCCUCUCAAAGACCUGGGCCUGGGUCUGGGAAUCGAACACCUCAGUGACGAACAGGCCCAGGAGCUGACGGACGACUACAGUCUGCCUGCCCUGAAGAUGCUCUACCAGCUGUGGCUGGGCCAAAGCUCCGAAUGCUUCCGUCGUUUGGCUCUUCUACUUUCUCCGCGUCGCCUCGAGGAGUCAGAAGAUGGAGACUCUUCCACAGGCUCGCCGUCUCCAACCCCACUCCACCGCUCCAUCUCUGCUGUAACGGAGCCACUGCACCAGGCUCUGUCCGGCUGCCUCUGUGAUGUGCAGCGCAGCUUCGAUUUCCACCGACACUUUGAGACCCAGACCAGGACCACGGGCUCCGACAAGAACGGCAGAGCCAGAGAGACCUGCCGGGAACUGAACACUCUCCACACCUCCAUACGGAGCCUGCAGCUGCACCUGAAGGCCCUGCUCAGCGAGAUGAUCAUCCUGGAGGACGACCUGGAGAAACUAAUGCUCUCCAAAAAGGUGAUGGAGCUGUCCUGUGAAAGCUACCAGGAGCUGAGCGAACGCCUCCACCAUCUGCAGCCACACAUGCAGGCCAGCACGGGCUGCUGGGACGACACCAUCUGCCAGGUGGAGCGGAUGCUGAGGCGAGCCGGCGGCUGCUCAGGUCACCAUGAAGCCGUGCAGCACUGUGGAGCUCCUGUAGCUGAGACUCCUGUGUCUCCUCCUUCUUAUCCCUUGAUCCUGGACAGAGAUCCAGUUCCAGAGGAGCUGGAGUGGGAGGCCUACGUGUCCGAUUCGGACUCCGACGGCGAAGGCCGAGGGUCCUGGUCCGACAUGCUGUCACCGGAGGAGCGGGAACGCCAACGGAGGGAGAGGGAAGAGUCUCGUCGGGUGCUGUCGGAGCUGAAGGCUGUCCUGGGCUUCAGAGCGUCAGAGGGAGAGAGGAUGAAGAGGAAGCAGCUGCUUUUCAACGACCAAGCUGCUCCGUCAGCUUGUGGCGAGGGUUCAGACCCCACCUCUGAAACAUCUGACGUGAUGACGACCUCUGCGGAGUUGGGAGGAACCGGCAGCGAAGAGGGAAACCACCUAUCAGCAGCACAGGCUGCAGGAGACCAACCACAGGAAGAGGAAGGAAAAAACGACGGGGUGAGGUCUGACCUUCUCCCUGAGCCGGGGAAGGAGUUCAGCUGUGGACUGGAGGUGAAGGAAGGGGAGCUGGGUGGAGGUACUGUGUGCAACAGAGGGGGAGGAGGAGCUUCAGAGCUCCACCAGUAUGACGGUGAGGUCAUGGAGGAGGAGGCGGAGUCUCAGAACGGUGUGGUGGACUGUUUCAUGAAACCUCGAGUCCCUGCCAUCACCGUGUUGGACAGACUGACGGAGAUCCACGGAUCCCAGGCUCUCAGCUUUAGCUCCUCCCUUGCUGCUCAGGUGGCGGCACGCUCGCAGUCCCUCAUCAACAUGGAAGAGCAGACGUUUGGUGACGACAACACUGAUGAUGAUGAUGAUGAUGAUGAUGAUGAAGAGGAGGAGGAUGAUGAUGAUGAAGAAGAGGAGGAGAAUGACUCGAGAUUCCCUAGCGAGGAGUGAAAAAGAAACUCUGCUGUUUGUAACAAACUGUGAUUGUUUGGUUGUCGUUUACAGGUUCACAUCCUGUCUGGUGACAUUUGAAGCUCCCUUCCUUUCCAGAUCUAUCCGUCUUGUUCGUGUUACUGUCCAAUACCCAUCAUUUUUUACCGUUGCUGUUAAAACCACAGACUGUAGACAAGAAGUCGACGAAAUCAGGUUUAUAUGACGUUGCCACCGUGGAAUAUUU